AUGGAGUCUCUGUCCGAGAAGCUUGCCAAAAGCAAGCUCUCUUCGCUCAUCACCCUGCUACCAGCCCCGAGCUUCCACAUGACCCUCUUCGAAGGGGUAUGCGAUCAGGUCCGGAUGCCAGGUUACUGGCCGUCUGACCUUCCUCUGGACUCACCACUAGAGCAAUGCCAUUCUCAUUUUGAACAAGCGCUUGCUGGUUUCGACGUCGGAAUAGAGGGUGCGCCACCUUACAAAAUGACUGUUCAGGGCUUCGACCCCCUCCAAGUUGGUAUCAGUGUGUGUCUCGAUGGCCGUACAUCGUCAGAGACACAGAGGUUGAGGGUUGUUCGCAACAAACUGGCCGACGCACUCAAGAUACGCCAUCCGAUCCAUGACCAGUACGGGUUCCAUCUCAGCGUCGCAUACCUUUUGCGGCAUUUGGACGGCGACCAAGAACAGGAACUGAAUGCGUUUCUCGCAAGCCAUUUUGAAGAAAUGCCCAAGGAGUUUGAGCUUGGAGCACCGGAAUUUUGCGUCUUUGACGACAUGUUUGCCUUCAAGCGACGCUUUUACCUCGGAGGCAAAUCAGGCUGA